GGCUGACCACAAACUUCCCCUCCCCCAUCUACUCCGCCACCAAGCACGCAGUACGAGCAUACACCUCCAGCCUGGCGCAAGAACCCACACUGCCACAACAAGGAAUCGAAUACGCCCUAAUCGCGCCCGAUAUCGUGGACACACCGUUGAUUCGAGCCCUGGACAAUAGUCGAAUGCACCACCACGACCAGCUCAAAGACUUCAUCCGAGACAAACAGAUGGAACCCCACAUAGUGGCAGAAGGCCUUCUACAGCUUCUUCACCUAGACAACAUCAACGGUGCUGUACUUUCCGUGGAGAAAGAGAGGAAGACCUUUCGUCAUGUGGAGAAUGUGGACGACGGGCCCACCUUUGACCCCAGUAAGAGCGCGGCCGGCUAUGUGUAGAUGUGUAGAUGUGUAGAUCUAUGUGGAGGGUGUGUGUCUUUGGCUCUGUGUAGCUCACACAUACGUGCAAGCAGCACUCACUCAACCAUACACAGUCUCAAACAUACACACAUACAUACGCACGCAUUCAUUUAUAUACACGCCCACACGCUCAUAUACAUUACGUACACC